ACCAAGUUUGAAUUUUGAUAUGACUUCUGCUGAACAAAACAUGCUUACACAACUAGAAAAUAUGAUAUGGCAUUCCUUGGACAAUCACUUAUAUAAAAAUGCAAUUUUUCUUGCGGGAAGAUUACACGCACAAGAUUGCAACAACGAGAAUUCGCGUUUUCUAUUGGCAACAUGCCUUUAUCGCAAUGGACAAAGAAAGGCCGCAUAUGUAUUGCUAAAAGAGGCUCAAACAUUAAAAUGCAAAUAUCUCUUCGCAAAAUGCUGCUUGGAACUUGACAAAGCAGAAGAGGGCAAAGAAAAACUUAUGUCUAUUUUGCCAGAGGUUGAAGAAAUGGAUCCCUUUGAUACUUUUUGUUCUACAAGUAAAAAUCAUCAACCUGACGCGUCCGCGGUUCUAUGUCUGCUAGGUGCUUUAAGUAAACAGGCGCGUCGUAUCGAUGAUGCGGCAGAUUACUACCUUCGUUGCAUAAAGAAAAACCCUUUUAUGUGGGAAGCAUUUGAAAGUCUUUGUCAGCUCGGUAAAUCAAAGCAAGUCGAUAUUGACGAAAUCUUUCAGUCGAAUGUAGAUAAAUCGGCGAGGGUUCCUUGUGGCGACUUAUUUCGCAACUCUCAAAUAUUUGUAUCACAUUCGAAUUUAAAGAAUGAUAAAAGUCCACGGCGAAGUACGCGAAUUUCUUCCAUAAGGCAAACCACAGUAAACUUGAGUUCUGCAGCUGUAAUUGACAAUAGAGACAAGAAACGUUCUCGCAUCUCCAACGAAGAAAGAAAUUUAAUUAGCCUAGAUGAUGAAAAGAAACGAUCCCGGUUAACCAGAGAUGGAAAAUUGAUCACAAACGUAGAGAAUGAAGUUGCCGAAGCCUUGCAAAAAACAACGCUGGAUCCCCAGAUUGGGAUGGAAGGUGUUGGAACGGUUGAUAGGAUGGAGGAAAUUCAAUGGAAAAACGAAAUAUUAGACGUAUUAAGACAGUUAGCCAAAGGAUACGGAUAUUUGAGUCGAUAUGAAUGUGCAAAGGCCAUCAAAGCUUUUACAGAGCUUCCUAUUUCGCAUAGAAAUACUGCGUGGGUCCAAAGCCAUAUAGGAAAGGCAUAUUUUGAAAUGGUUAAUUACCAAUUGGCCGAAAAAUAUUUUCAGAAAGCGCGACAAUUGGAAUCUUAUCGCCUUGAAGACAUGGAAUUAUAUUCAACAACACUAUGGCACUUACGCAAAGAUCCAGCUCUUAGUGCUCUCGCACAUGAUCUUGUUGAGUUCGAGCGUCGAUCACCUCAAGCUUGGUGCGCAGUUGGAAAUUGUUUUAGUCGACAGCAGGAACAUGAUUUAGCGCUGAAGUGUUUUCAACGAGCAAUACAGCUUGACUCCUCGUUUACCUAUGCGCAUACCCUAUCCGGUCAUGAAUGCAUGGCUAAUGCGAAUUACAAGGAUGCACAAAAGCACUUUAGGAAUGCUUUAAAUACAAACAGACGUCAUUAUAACGCUUUGUAUGGUCUCGCGAACUACUACAUUACAUGCGGUAAAAUAAAAGAGGCGGAAAUACAUUAUCGAUCAGCUAUGGAUAUUAAUCCGAAUCAUGCUGUCCUUAUGUGUUGCUUAGGAAAGGUGCUGGAAAAAAUGGGAAAUUCUGAAGAAGCUCGCAUCCUUUAUGACCGAGCGUGCCAAGCAGCACUCUUUGAGUUGGAAAAACUUAAAAAGAUAGUGCCUACCGAAGCCAAAAUUUAUUUUCUUAUAGCAAAGAUUUACAAAGCGAUGGGAGAUCGGACUGAAGCCACUCAGAAUUUCACGUUGGCUUUACAUUAUGACCCGAAAAUGAUGCAUGUUGUAAAAACCGCCAUGGAGAGACUUGAGACUGAUCAAGAAUUAACGAUCGGAACAUCAAUUAUAUCGGAUGCAAUUAAUUAUGGAAGUCAAGGGGACGACGAAGAUGUGCAUGAACAGGAGCAAGUAGGCCAGGUAAACAUUCAAAACGACAGAGAGGAAGACUACGGUGGAUAUGCAGCCUAUGUUGACGAAGUUUAA